AUGGAAGUGUUCAGGUACAAAAUUGUCUUCGUAGUAAUAGCACUGUCAUUAAAUAGAGUCAGUGACGAGAAAUCUACAGAAUCUACAACGGAACACAACAUAGCAACAUGCCCAUUCACUAAGAUAAUAGAAGACAUAUUCAAAAUACACAACAAAAGUUCAGAUUCCAGUUACACUUCGAAAGACAGUGAGAGAGUUAAAAUAUUUUUAAACUCGAUAACGAAUAUAACAGGUAACGAAAACACAUCAAAUAUUGACAAUCAAGAAGAUUUAGUCAACAAAAUAAUUGAAUCAAUCAACAAAAUCAAACAUAACAUUACUUAUAAUAAAAACGAUUCAGAAACCAAUUUAAAUGAAGCUAUUAUACUAAGUAUACCUAAACAAAAUGGAAGCGACACUAAGAAUGCGACAAAAGAAGAAGGCUUGACCAAAAGAGUACCAAUAAAAAGUGGCAUUGAAGACAAAAUAGACAUUACUCAAACACAAAUCGACAAUAUUAAAAACAAAACUGCAACUGAAAAUAAUACAACUACAACUGAAAGAAUAAAUUAUGUUGAAAUAUUAACAAUCGAACCCAAUAAUACGAAUGGAAAUGACACAUCAUCGCAUAAUAUAAUUGAUGUUUUGAAGCAUUUGAUGCCGUUAUUCAACAGUACACUCACAAAGGAACUUCAUAACAUAACCAUUAUAGAAAGAAAUCAUCACAAAAACCAUUCUUUUACCGCGACAAAAAAUGUGUCGACUAUAGUAGUCACUUAUUGCGACAAAGAAAACCUGACAAAAUCGAACUUAUCUAAUAUUGAUUCUAUCAUGAAAAUUGAUAAAAAGAAAGGUGAAAGUGAAGAUUAUUAUUCAGAUAAUAGUGAUGAUUCUGAUGGAAUUUAUGACAGUGCAGAGUACGAUGAUAGCAAACCUGAUGCUAAUGUGACAGGUGAUGAAAAUAAAGAUCUCAUAGAAGCAGCCGAGUACGGUAUGAAGAAAAUGCACGAGUUAUACACCAUUUUGGAACCGAAACUGUAUUCAAUGGGUCUAUGGCUUGACGACACUAAUCCAGCCCGUUACGUGGCUGCUUUCAACGCACCAGCCGAGGAAGCAGCCAAGUUCUCCCGCUUCGGAUACGCUUCACUGCAAGCAGCAACAAGAUUGAAACAACUGACUAGGUUAGUAGAUAAUUAUAAUAGGCUUGUGUCCUACAAGUAAAAAUACAGGUUUUUGUUAUAUCUUCGAAAAAUAUGAACCAUUUGAACUUAUAAAUGUUUAACAAACAUAUUUUAAGUCAAUGAUUUGGAAAAUAUUACGCUUUGAAAACUUGAAAAAAGUAGAGAAAAUCUACUACAAAAAUCUUAUAAAACACGUAAGACAUUAAAUUAGAUAUAAAAAAUGUUACAACUUUCAUUAUAACAGCUAUUAACAUAAACGCACAAAUAACAAAUAUAUUACAAAAAAUGUCCAGACGCCCAUACAUUUUUCGCUACUGUAGCACCGUGUGACGUCACUGAGUGCCUUGAAUUUGUAGGGAGCGUUUUCGGCCAACUAGCAGUAGUUCUACAAACACAGCACCAUAUCUCCGAAACUAUUAAUCGCAGACAUGCUGUUACUUCGACAUUAUUUCUCAGAUGUUAAUGGACUAUUUAUUUAUGAAAUAAAAAAAGUUGUCAACUCGCCUAUUAUUAUAUAAUACUACAAGAUUUGAACUAAAAAUUCGUGCUGAAUUUCAGUGGCUAUCUCAAACUCAACUAA